CGUCGUAGUCGGGAAUUCGAGUCAGUUGCGUUUACAGUGUCGUUUGAAGCGGCUCGGUUGUGUGACGGAAAAAGCCGGAACCCGGGAAGAAAAUAGGGAACGAACUUCCGAAAGAGGAAUUGGAAAAUACAGUGAACACCGUGGAAGUGAUGACGAUGUUGCUGCUGGCGGUUUGGUGGCUCGUAUACGCAUCGCCCGUGAUUUUCGCCGUACAACGGGCGAAGGAACUCGGCGAUGGAAAAGCGUCAUUGUGCGACAUGGUUUUCAACAGCGACUCGACGAAAACGGGAGUGGUCACGUCGCCAGGAUAUCCAAAUCCUUAUCCAUCCAGGACGCGCUGUACAUAUGACUUCCAAGGACGAGGAAAGGAACGGGUCCAAGUGAUAUUCCAGGAUUUGAAUUUGUAUUAUACGCCGAACGGGGCGAAAGAGUGCGAAAACGUGGACUCGUUAGAGGCGUAUGUGCACAUAGACGGGAACAAGGAGAAAAUUGAUUCGUUUUGCGGUGAAAUGCCGCCACGACCUAUCAUGAGCAACGGGCCACGACUUUCCUUGGAAUUUCACGGUAUCACGUCGUCUCGUCAUUCACGGGGUUUCAAAGCGGUGUAUUCGUUCACAGAAAACUUUGGCAUAACUACGGGCAAGCAGGAGGCGGAAUUUCCCUGUGCCUUUGCGUACAACAGCAACGAGACUCGGAACGGUACGUUCGCAUCCCCAAACUACCCCGGUUUGUAUCCGCGGAACACGGAAUGUUACUACUUUUUCAACGGCCAGCCCACCGAACGAGUCCAUCUUCAUUUCCAUUUCUUCGACAUCGAGGGAGUACCACCAUGCGACCCUGUCUCGGCCAGCGACUUCGUCGAGUUUUCGAAUUACAAGACCAGGGACCGAAAGUACCCGAGAAGUUGUGGUCAGCUGAAGGAGUUCGAUGUCGCGAGUGACAGAAGGUUCUUUCGCGUGACUUUUAAGAGCAACGACAGAUACGACGGAAUGGGAUUUAACGCCAGCUACGUGUUUGUAGACGAGGAAGGAAAUUACACAACAAAGCCGCCGACGAGUAAUGCGUCAACGUUAAAAGGUACAACGCUGAUGGUGCUGGUGCUCGCGAGCCCCCUUCUCUUUGGUCGAGUUUCGCUUUAAUCACGAUCGGUAACUACUUGGACGGGUCUUGGCUCAAUUUACAACGAACUAUAACUUCGAGGACAGAAGCCAUCCAAAAUCCUCCAGUAUUCGGCGUACCAAGGAAAGUGGCUGCACUGUUUGCAAAAGCCAUUGAUAUUGCCAAAGGGAUACGAAGGCCGUUCACCAUAAAGACACACGGGACAUCGUAAUUCAUUUAUUAGGUCUAUCACCGCUCUAACCCAAUGACGAUCGUUCUCCAUCAUUUUACGAUGACCACCAUGGAGAGAUAUACCUACUGGCAAUAAAGUAUUCGAACUUACCAAGGGAAAAUUCUCGCCAAGAAAAUUCAAAAGUUCACGAACCUCGAUGCACCUCGUGAGAAAUAAUUCCUUUUUACUGUUCACUUGCUUCGAGAAUACCAAAUUGUUCUCUGGAAUACGAGCUAUCGCUCUCCUUUCGUAGUUUGACAAACAAGAUUAAUGUAAUUGAUUCUUUCCACAAUUUUGAUGGUUAACCCUACGUUAGAAUAUUGAAAAUAACUUAAAAUUAUAGUUCAUACACUUGGGAAUAUUUUUCGAAAUAUGUCUAAUGACGCAAUAAGAAAUUUUCUUUCUUGGAAUUGUCCUCACGCCAUUCCAGUGGCCAGUAUUGCUGACCAACGUACAUGGUACAAUCGAACCAAACAUUAAAUUCAACCAAAUCUCAUGCACGUUCGUAACCUUUGUAUUUUCGCAUUGAGGAAUUCCCUGAUAGUGUACUUAAUUUAAUGAACACGUACGAAGAGAGGAUAUUAGGAGAGUUGUACGAGUAAUGGGAUAUGUAUAUGAUUCGUUGUAGCGCGGCGUAUUCAAAAGUGCUGAAUUGUUAAUGUUUUCCUCCUCGUACGUAAACGAAUUUAUUAAAUCGCUAUGAACUAUCUGUCCGACGAAUUACUCGAAAGUCAUACGUACAGUGAACAAAGAGACACGAAAAAAUUCGCCUUCCUAAAUACACGAUACACUACGGACAUAUUUAUUAUUACAUCCUCUAUACGACUGUGAUGUUUCCAUUCCUUCUUAGUUUUAUUAGGAAACGUAUACAAGUCUGAAUAUACGCGAGAAAAAUAUAGAUAUUCGUGGAAUCAUGAAUAGUUUGGCCGAUACCGGUUACGAAUUAACGUUCGAACUGGCCAAAAGGGAAGAGGAUUUACGAUUAACGGAUUUCGAUCGAGAUUUCGAUACGAUCAAAUGCCGGGGAGUAUGAGAAACGCGGCAACGAUUCGAAUUCAGCGUGGAAACUUAAUUAGCCGGAUUUAAUAAAAUAUGUGUGUGUGUUCGUUAAUUGGAACGAGUAUUAUUAAGGAUGGUCAUUGCAUCGGGGAGAUGUUCGACAUUGAAUUAUUCGAAGGAAGAGCAAUAACGUUAUCGAAAAACAGUUUGAAAUAAUUUU